CAAAAAUGUUUAAUAAGAAUUUAAAAUUUAAAAAUGUUAACCAACAUGAAUUAAGGGGUAAGGGCAACAUGGUAAAUAAGCGAAAGUGGUGUUACAAAUUUGGAAAAUUCAAAACAAAAAACGAAACUGAUAGGCGGGAGGGACAGGGUGUACACUAUAAAUAGAGGCGUUGGAGGCCGUUUCCCCACCACGUACUAGACAGCUGGCCUUGAAUCUUCUCUCUUUAUAAAUUUAAAAAAAAAUUUAGACGAAAUAUCAAAAACAACACAAAAACCAGAAGAAAAUAAGGAGAAAGGCUAACGAAGAAGGAGGGAAGAAAUAUUAGUGCUAAAUUACCUGCACUAAGAACUACAAAAAUAAGGAUUUGAGGAUUCUAAGUGAACUUUCUCGUCUUUGCAAUUUUCUCGAGAAAAUUUCCCCUCGAUUGAUUCUUUUUUUGUUUGAGUGCAGAAUGCAGCAGAUGCUUUUCUAAAAAGCUUGCACGUCGUAAAAGAGGGAAUUUGAUCAUAGUUAAUUUUAAUUUAUAAAAACAUGGUUGCCACUGCUGCUACAUCCUCAUUCUUUCCGGUCACUCCAUCGCCAGACUCCUCUGACUCGAAAAAGAAAAGGCUUGGAAAUGGAUCAAUUAACCUCGGAGGUAUCAAGUCGAAAACUUCUUCUUCUGGAAGCUUGCAAGUCAAGGCAAAUGCUCAAGCCCCCCCAAAAAUAAACGGAGCCAAAGUCGUUACACCUCCGGCGGAAGUUUUCAAGAACGAAGAUGGUGUCAGUUUCCAUCCUCCGAGGACGUUUAUCAAUCAGUUGCCUGAUUGGAGCAUGCUUCUUGCUGCUAUCACAACCGUUUUCUUGGCUGCUGAGAAGCAGUGGAUGAUGCUUGAUUGGAAGCCGAAGCGACCUGACAUGCUUGUUGAUCCAUUUGGUAUAGGAAAGAUUGUUCAGGAUGGUCUUGUUUUCCGUCAAAACUUCUCGAUUAGGUCUUAUGAGAUAGGUGCUGAUCAGACAGCUUCCAUAGAGACAGUAAUGAAUCAUUUACAGGAAACAGCACUUAAUCAUGUUAGAAGUGCUGGACUGCUUGUAGAUGGUUUUGGUUCAACCCCAGAGAUGUGCAAGAAGAAUCUAAUAUGGGUUGUCACUCGGAUGCAAGUCGUGGUUGAUCGCUAUCCUACUUGGGGUAAUGUUGUUCAAGUAGAUACUUGGGUCAGUGCAUCCGGAAAGAAUUGCAUGCGAAGGGAUUGGCUUGUAAGAGAUAGUAAAACUGGUGAAGUUCUAACAAGAGCUUCAAGUAUCUGGGUGAUGAUGAAUAAAGUGACUAGAAGGUUAUCUAAAAUGCCAGAAGAGGUCCGAGGGGAAAUAGAACCUUAUUUCAUGAAUUCUGAACCUGUUGUUGCUGAGGAUAGCCGUAAAUUAGUGAAACUCGAUGACAGCAGUGCAGAAUUUGUACGAAAAGGUUUAACUCCUAAAUGGAGUGAUUUGGAUGUCAACCAGCAUGUCAAUAAUGUGAAGUACAUCGGCUGGAUCCUCGAGAGUGCUCCAUUGCCAAUCUUGGAGACUCAUGAACUAUCCUCUAUGACACUGGAGUAUAGGAGGGAGUGUGGUAGGGACAGCGUGCUGCAGUCACUAACUGCUGUGUCCGACAAUGGUACCGAUGAGAUCGAGUGCCAGCACUUGCUUCGUCUCGAAGACGGGUCCGAGGUCAUGAGAGGGAGGACCCAGUGGAGGCCAAAGAAUGCCAAAAUUUCUGGGAAUGUGGGGCAAAUUCCAGCUGAUACUGCCUAGAAAUCCAAGUGUUCUUCCGAGUUAUAUAUGUUUCUAUAUUUUUUCAUGUAUGUAUUUAUCAAUGUAGUAUAUAUGUAUGUAGCUUCACUGUAUAUCUCUUAUUUUAUUCUUUCUUUAUCUCUCUCAACCUUUUAUUCAUUGAAUCAAGAAAACUGUCCAAGGAAAUUAGGAGCAGACCAUGCCAGAGAAGCAUAUGUAGUUAUUCUUUAUUGUUUUAUUAUGUAGUUAUCAUGUGAUGUGUAUUUUAAUUUUUUAUUAGAUUGCCAUUUUUUUAAAGUUAAUAACAGAAGUAAAAGCCUAAAUAAGUAUUUCUUAUAAA